GUGCCAACUGUAAAGUUUGGUGGAGGAGAAAUAAUGGUCUGGGGAUGUUUUUCAUGGUUUGGGCUAGGCCCCUUAGUUACAGUGAAGGGAAAUCAUAAGGCUACAGUAUACAAUGACAUUCUAGACGAUUUUGUGCUUCCAACUUUGUGGUAACAGUUUGGGGAAGGCCGUUUUCUGUGCACAAAGCGAGGUUCAUACAUAAAUUAUUUGUCGAGAUUGGUGUGGAAGAACUUGAGUGGCCUGCACAGUGGUUUGACCUCAACCCCAUCGAACACCUUUGGGAUGAAUUGGAACGUCGACUGCGAUAGCCCUAUUUUGUAAAAGACCAAGGACAUAUUAUGGCAAGAACAGCAAAGAGAAAUUACAGUCCAUCAUUUCUAUAAGACAUGGUCAGUAAAUCCAGAAAAUUUAAUGAACUUUGUGUACAGUCUAAAAACCAUCAAGUGCUAUGAUGAAACUGGCUCUCAUGAUGACUGCCACAGGAAAGGAAGACCCAGAGUUAUCUCUGCUGCAGAGAAUAAUUUAGAGUUAACAGCCUAAGACAUUUCAGCCCAAAUAAAUGCUUCACAGUGUUCAAGUAACAGUCACAUCUCAACAUCAACUGUUCAGAGGAGACUGUGUGAAUCACGCUUUCAUUGUAGAAUUGCUGCAUACCAACCACUACUAAAGGGCAGCAAAAAUAAGAAGAGACUUGUUUGGGCCAGGAAACACGAGUGUAAGGGCUAUUUGACCAAGAAGGAGAGUGAUGGAGUGCUGCAUCAGAUGACCUGGCCUCCACAAUUACCCAACCUCAACCCAAUUGAGAUGGUUUGGUAUGAGUUGUACCGCAGAGUGAAUGAAAAGCAGCCAACAAGUGCUCAGCAUAUGUGGGAACUCCUCCAAGACUGUUGGAAAAGCAUUCCAGUUGAAGCUGGUUGAGAGAAUACCAAGAGUGUGCAAAGCUGUCAUCAAGGUGUGGUCCCCUCCUUGUCGCCCCUCCCCCUUGGCUUUGUAGACUGUGUGGAGGCAGAGAGGGGGUGUAAGGAAGACCCCCGGUGUAAGGAGCUGUACAUGACCCUGGAGUACUGUGCAUCCGAGGAGGCGUUGGCUCCGCUGGGGAACAAGGCCAGCAUAGAGUGCCUGGAGGCCCUGAGCGGCCUGCACUACCUCCCUCUGUUGGCCUGCAAGUGUCAGCGCGGCGCACGCAGAGAGGAGCACUGCCUCAAAGUCUACUGGAGCAUCAGGAUCCUGCAGGGUUAUGAUGACAUUGAGGGGUCUCCCUAUGAGGACUCGCCAGUGGAGUCUUCUCGAAUGGCCUCCUUAGUGGCAGCAGCCUCCUCUCUUCUUCUAGAUGGACAGAACGUAUGUCUGAAGGCAGCCCAGGACUGUGGUCUGUAUGAGAAAUGUGGUUCCCUGAGGUCUGAGUACGUCCUGGCCUGCACCAAGCAUGCCCCAGGCUCGGACCACUGCAACAGGCAGAAGUGCCACCGGGCGCUGCGGCGCUUCCUGGAGCGCGUUCCGGAGGAGUACAGCCUGGGGUUGCUGUUCUGCCCCUGUACUGACAAACUGUGUGGGGAGAGACGCAGGAAGACCAUCGUCCCUUCCUGUUCCUACCAGGAGAGAGACUGGAUACAGCCCAACUGUCUGCUUCUGCAGAGCUUCUGCAGGAGGGACCAACUCUGCAGGUCCAGACUGGCUGAUUUCCAGUAUAACUGCCAGCCCUCUGGCCAUUCCCCUUCUGGCUGUAUCAGAGAGAGUGGAGCUGUGUGCCUCAAAUCCUACGCCGGACUGAUCGGCACCAUCAUGACCCCCAACUACGUCAGCAACAGCACUGUGGAUGUGGACUUGUGGUGCAACUGCGAGGGCAGUGGCAACCAAUGGCAGGACUGCCUGAGGAUUCAGCACAUGUUCACCAACAACCCCUGUCUGGAGAACUCCAUCAGUACCAUGGGUAGCUCCUCCCCUCGGCCAGUGGAGAGCACUUUUCCCCCGCCCUCUCGCCCCUCCCCCUUGGACCAGCAGAAUGAGCUCAGCAACAACGCCCAGGAUGAGCUCAGCAACAACGCUGUGGAGCAGAGUGAGGAAGAGGAGGAUGUGGAGGAGGAGGAGGAGGAGGGGGGUCAGUUUGACGUGAUCCCUCUCUAUGCUGAGAAGGCCACGGUGUCCAACCUGGGUUCUGGGGGUGGGGAGGUGUCCCCCCGUCUUUCCAUCGGCCCCCCUCCCUCCUUGCUGCUGCUCCUUCUGCUACUGUCUGCCUCUCUGAGCUGUGGGUAAGAGGGGGGGGCACCCCCUUCACACAGACAAGAGCCCCCCCACAGAGACUGAGAGACUGAGAGAGAGAGGCUGAGAGAGAGAGGCUGAGAGAGACAGACAGAGAGAGAGAGAGAGACUUGUACAGUUUUCUUUGUCUUGCUUCACCUUCCACUGUCAGAGACUUGUCUUGUAUGACAGACCGGGAUGAACCAACUCCAAAGUGACAGAGGGGGGUUAAACUGAGUGACUUGAUAUAUUAUAUGUAAUUUCCUCUUUUGCUGAAAACUUGUGACAGGUUACUAUGGGUCCGAUGGCGCUUCAGUAUAUUCAAGCUUAACUCUGUCCAUUCAUACCUCUAUCUCCAGUGAUGGAGAAGUCAUGAAAAACUAGUCAGUGGUAUGAAGGAAGUAAUGUGCAUAUGUAGCAUCUCUAAACAUGUAGCUUGACAGAGUGUGUUCUGUCUGUGCCAGUGUGUGAGCAUUAUGCAAAGAGUGGAGGGUUUUUCAGAAUCAUCUCGUCUCCCGCCUCAUACUCACCCCUGUCAGCAGUCACACACACACACACACUAACACACGGCAUUAACACACGGCAUUAACACAAAUAAAACAAGUCAUAAUGAGAGGAAAAAAGGCAUUCCAUAAAUGUGAGUAAUAAAGCAAGUACAAACCAAAUGUAAUAACUUUUCAACAGGUGCAGGCGCCCGUCUGGGGUUGACACUGGCAAAGAAGAUGAGGGGGUAGAGAGAGAGUUUAUCAUGUGUGGUCUAUUUCCACUUUUUACUUGUUUUAGUUUGAGGGGAGAUAAUAUGGUACGGCAUGAACUCUUUAUCUUAUAGUGGCUCUUGGGGAAAAAUGUGGGUGAGCGAGCAGUAGAGGGAGAGAAAGAAAGAGUAAACCAGAGAGAGAGAGAGACCCUUGAGCGGAAACAUACAAUAGAGAAUGGCUGGCCCUCCAUUUCCUCUGUCUUAUAAAUCUUUUGCUGACA